AUGGCUUAUAAGAAAGUAGGACCACCACCAAGGGGACUUCCACCAUUACCCAGAUUCAGACCCAAAAAGACCCUAAAUGCAUCAACCGGUGGAGCUAAUAAUGAAUGCAUGAUUGUCAUGUCAUCAUUAUUGAAUUGUUGGGCAUCAAAUGGUGAAAGUGCAAGUAUUUGUGAACGAUUCGCUACUGAAUUAAAACAAUGUAUGGCGGUACAGAAGAAGGGGAAUAAAGGAGGAAGUGGAAGUUCUAAUGAUUCCGAGAGAUUAUAUCCUAAGUUGAGAGGGAAGGUUCAUGAUUAG